AUGCCUUCUCCCGCCUACUCAUUCAACAACUCCCCUGCUCGGUCCGGGGGCAAUGGCCAACCCCCCAACCCCUCUUCCUCUGUUCCUCAAUCACAGCAAUCCUCCUCUUCCUCCAAACUAUCCCGGUCGCGCUCCCUGACCAAACCAGAGCGGUAUCGACCCAAACCAGGAAUGCUCAACCGAACACCCUCUCAAAAGGCGCAUGAAGUCGAUUAUCAUGUCCCCAACGAGUCAACGGGAAACCUAAUUGAAUGUCAGGCUCUGGGCGACCCCUCGAGGGUGUCCGCCUCAACCGACAACACACCAUCGUCCUUUUCAUCAUCGGGUCCGGGUCCGGGACCAGGACCAGGACAGCUUCAAUCGGGAGAACCACUCACCGCUGCCGCUGCAGCUGCAGCACAGGAGCAGCACCAGAAGCGACUUCGACUGCAACGGGAAAACCACCCCCAGAUGCGUCCACGCCCUCGUCGCCAAUCGACCCUUCGCCGCGUCGCCAGCUCGCGGAACGCCAACCAACCCCCACCGGUGCAACGGCGUCCGUCGACCAUUGCGAGGGCCAAGAAGAAGCUGGUGGAACGCGAUAUCGAAUUGACGGCGUGGGUGGUGGUGUCGAGGAUCUUGACGUGCUGCAUCCCAUCGAGUCUUCUCCGGUGCUGCAACGGCAAGAAGUUUGCGAGGGCGCAAGUGAUACAAGCCUGGCGCGAGAAGGUGACGCUUUGUCUGAUCAUCGCGUUGAUCUGCGCCCUCCUCGCAUUCGUGAUCUUUGGACUGCAACCCACGAUGUGCCCCAAGGAGUCUUCAACGUUUGAGUACACGUACGCAUCCCAGAACGGGGCUUUACCUCAAAUUGCGACCCAUCCCGACUACGUUUUCGUCAGAGGAGCGGCCUACCCAUUCUCUGCGAUGCAGAGCUUUCUCCUUGGUGGCGGCAGGAACAUUGUCAUGCCUGUAGAUUUCAAAGCCAGGGAUAUCUCAGCUCUGUUCUACGACACGUCAGAUCCCUGUAGGGGAUAUGGUCUCAAUUUGACGAGCACCCAGUGUUCUAUCGCUAGCCCAUGGAAUAACGGCAAUCUUAUCGCUAAACCUUGCGUCUCUUUGGCUACCUUGACCAACACUGGACCCCGCCCACGUGGACAGCUGUCUUUUCUGUGGGGCGACCUGACAAACAAACGAAAAGAGACGGCUAACCUGGUCAUUUACGAUGGAAGCAUCUUUAAUGUGUCGGAUAUUCUGGCUCUCAAUGAUCCUUUGGGUAAGGAUGUCAGUGAUGCACUUUACAGGAGCCGUCUUGGAGAUGCAACCUUGUCAUUACAGAGGACCGACGAUCGCAAAAAGGCUGUUGCGUGCAUUCAGGCUGUUAGUCAAGUGGGAGUGCUGGAAAACAAGACGAUGGGUUGUGUCGCGGCUCAAGUAAUCAUGCUGGCGACUUUGAUCUGUAUCUGCAUGGUGGUCGGCAUCAAAUUCUUAAUGGCCCUUACCUUCAGUUGGUUCCUCAGUUACCGGUUGACGGAGAAACCCCGGCGGGCCGUCAAGAGCACUGGCAAAAAAGGCGACGAGAAGGACAAGGACGACGGGACUGGCAACGGAGGACAGGACCUUGCUCGUGGGGGAAAGAAGGCUAUUGGCAGGAAGAACCUUUACACCACCAUGCUGGUCACUUGCUACUCGGAAGGAGAGAACUCUAUCCGGACCACGUUGAAUAGUUUGGCGAACACGAGUUACUCGGCCAAGCACAAGCUCAUUGUGGUCAUUUGUGACGGUAUCGUUCGUGGACACGGGAACAAGCAGACAACUCCUGAUAUCGUUGUCAACAUGUUGGACCUCCUCCCUGGAAACGAGAACCCCAAAGCUGCAAGUUACCUUGCCAUUGCAGACGGCGAGAAACAACACAACAUGGCCAAAGUCUACGCCGGUCACUAUGUUUACAAAAAGCGACGAGUUCCAACGGUGGUGAUUGUCAAGUGCGGGAAUCCUCUCGAGAAUGAUGCAACCAAGCCUGGCAACCGUGGAAAGCGUGAUUCGCAGCUGAUCCUAAUGUCGUUCUUCCAGCGUGUUCUCUUUGCCGACCGAUUCACGGAGCUAGACUUUGAGCUGUUCCACAAGAUCCAUCUUUUGAUGAACGUCUGGCCGGACCGGUUCGAGCUUUGUUUGAUGGUGGAUGCAGACACGAUGGUCAAGGGAGACUCACUCAGUUACAUGGUCACGGCGAUGCAGAACGACACUACCAUCAUGGGACUCUGCGGCGAGACCAAGAUUGCAAACAAGACAACCUCAUGGGUGACGGCGAUCCAGGUCUUUGAGUACUAUAUAUCUCACCACCUCGGCAAGGCCUUUGAGAGUGUCUUUGGAGGAGUGACCUGUCUUCCCGGAUGCUUUUGUAUGUACAGGAUCAAGGCUCCAAAGUACGACUCGUGGGUCCCCAUUCUUGCCAACCCGGAGAUCAUUGAGGAGUACAACCAGAACAUUGUGUCGACGCUGCACCAGAAGAACUUGCUGUUGCUCGGAGAGGAUCGGUACCUAACGACCCUGAUGCUGAGGACAUAUCCAAAGCGCCAAAUGGUGUUUGUCCCCCAGGCUCAGUGCAAGACCGUGGUGCCGGAUACGUUCAGCGUGCUGUUGAGUCAGCGUCGUCGCUGGAUCAACUCGACAAUCCACAACCUCUUGGAGCUGGUCCUGGUCACCGAUCUCUGUGGAAUUGCGUUCCUCAGUAUGCAGUUUGUCGUCCUGCUCGAACUCAUCGGCACCGUUGUCCUUCCUGCCGCCAUCUUGUUCACGAUCGGGAUGAUCACUUAUGCCAUCAUCACACAAACACUUGCUGUCCUUCCUUUGAUCCUCAUUGUCGUCGUCAUUGGCCUCCCUGCUGUUCUCAUCGUUCUGACGAGUCACAAAUGGAUCUACGUCCUUUGGAUGCUCAUGUACUUGUUUUCGCUGCCAAUCUGGAACUUUGUUCUGCCAUUAUACUCUUUCUGGCACUUCGACGAUUUCAGUUGGGGUGAGACCAGAAAGGUGGCGAACCAGAAGCGGAAAUCAGCACAGGAUCAUGGAGAUGCAGAGGGAGUCUUUGAAUCAGGAUCGAUCAUUAUGCGCAAGUGGGAGGAGUGGGAGAAAGAGCGGCUCAAGGCUAUGGGCUACAGGAUCCAAAAGCGUCAUUCUGCCGAUCGCGGGAUCAACGAUUUGCCACCACCGGCUUCGAGCACUAUGGAUCUCAACCAGGCGCCUGUUACAAAAGGAUCGACACGCAAUUUGACCGGACCUCGUUCCAAAAGCCAGAGUCAGGUUCAGCUUUCGAGUAAACAUGCUGGCGGUGCAAGGUCAUCUUCUGGUCCUGGCGGUAAUGGUGGAAGGAAAUCGGCUGCUGCAGCCGCGGCAGUCUCGACUCAAAGUUUGGGGUCGACGUUGAAUGGAAGUUCCGGAUCGUUGAGAGCUGGAACUGCAACGGCCGGAGGACCAUCACGGCAGUUUACCCAUCCUCCCAUGCCCACAUCGACACCCAGCGUCACCUCGGUACCCCAGCAGCAACAACAGCAGGGACAGCAGCACCUUCAACAUAGACAGCCCAUGGGCAUGGUUGGUGGCGCAAGACCUCCAAGACCACGUCCGCCUCCACCGCAUAUGAUGGUUCGCCCUCAGCAACAGCCUGGUUUAGGACAAGGGCCAAGAGCCUUGAUAGGGCCUGAUGGCCAGUCGUUCGAAUUGGGACCUAUGCAAAAAACAUCUUCACUCCAGAGACACAUCUCGUAUAUGCCCGUAAGCGGCCCAGGCAUUCGACCCGCAGGAGGAAAUGGUGGUGAAAAUGGAGCAGUUGGAUUGGAGGCUCGCCACUCUGUGCAUGGAGGCCCUGGCCCUGGAUUCAGACCUACUCCUUCUCCUCGACCUAUAUACAUGCGACCCAUGCGACCUGGCCCACCUCCCCAAGGAGCCCAAGGUGGCAACCAACACCCAAUGAAUUAUCCACAACAGCAAGGACCCCCUGGUGCUAGCGCGCAUCGCCCCCGUCCACCGCCUAACAUGUAUGCUGGUCCUAUUAUGCAGCCUCCUCCUCCGGCACUCUUGUUCCCCAACCAUCAGGAGCAACAACAACAACAACAACAACAACAACAGCACUUCUCACAGGACGGUACAAGUCAACCUGGCAGCGGAGUGUCAUACCCACCUGUGCCAACUGGCAUGAAUUCGUCACAUAGCCCACAGGCGUUGUUGCCGCCUGGAGACCGGAGUUCGCGGACGAGUGAAGUCUCGAGUGGAGGACAGAGUACGGCCUACGGCAGUGUUGCGACAACGGGAGCAGCACCAGCAGGGGAAUCCAGUUCGAAUAUCAGUUCUGCGCCUUCGACAAUUAUUACCGCUACUACUUCUGACCGAGCUGGUGUCUCGGGAGCAGCAAGUGGCGCCUCAGAGGAAGUAGACGAACUCCAGACCUUGGAAGUUACAAUGGGGCCUUAG